CGCAGACUCUACUGGUGUCCAGACACAAUUACGAUCUUUGGGACCGAAAAAUCUGCCAGCUACAUUAGACGACCAACAGUUAAGAUGGAACGGUGGACUAUCAUAGAUUAUCCACGCCGGUGGACUACCAUAGAUGAACGACAUCUCGGUCCUCCCGUUUGCUUCUCAAGAGGAACAGAUAGAUGGUGAGAAACAAACAGAAACAAAAGAAACAGGUCUACAUCUAAAACAGGGUCAGCAACAUCCAAACCUACUGGAGCAACGACAUUUCCUCAGUGGCGUCUUUUCGAAAUUGUUGCCAUUUCUCAGGUCCGCGUGUUUAUUGUAUAACCAAUGCCCAAAACCUCAAUUGGUACCGGAACAGACUGUCUGGUACGUUGUGCUUCCCGUACGCGUCUCGAAUUUCCUUCGGGCUUGGGGCAACGAUUUGCCUCCGGAACUUGUGCCGCAGGUUUUAGAAGUCCUAUGUCAAUUUCUGAAGCAAGGACAUUGUAAGCUCAUUCGCGUCUCGAUUUUGCCUGCUUUGGAGCAGAUCUUCACGAGGCAUAGUGAUCACCCAGUUUGGGCAGAAAUUGAGUUAUGCUUCCCAUAAUUAUAUGAAACUGCGAGAGCUCCUGCAAGAAUUCACUCAACAAGACGAACCUCUACUAUAGAAGUUCACGAACACUCCUGUAGUUACUUAGACAACACACUACUAGGAUUAACUCUUCACUUCUCCCCCCCCCAGGGAGGCACAUCAAAAUCAAUCAAACACUAGUGUCACUAGUAGUACCAGUACAAGUACUACGAUGACUGCUACUGGUACCACUACAACUAGUGCCACACUCAUCUCGACUGGUGUUAGGGACGUGUUCAUGAUGACAACUACUACCGACUGUUAGAGACGUGUCCAUGAUGACAACUACUACCACUUAACUACCUCUACCAACAAGCUACCGCUAAUUGAGGCUGCUCUGUCAGAAGCGUUAGUCCUGCUGCUGAGGGAAGUGAGCAACCCUACGACACAGUGGAGCUGCCUGACUCUAGUCAAAAAAAUACUGGAAAACGGAGAACCAGGGUACAAGUAUUUAACUGGUCAACAUUGACGAGCAGUCCUAGUUCAUUGUACGUACGCGUUUUUUACACUUCUUAACUUCACUUCCAGGUGUGCCGCCAAGUGUGAGGUUCUCGAGACUUUACUGACGUUGUGGCAAGCGGAGAAAACGGAGUUAAUGGUGCGCAUGGCCCUACUCGAGUUGGUUCAGACCCUUGUUUACCGGUAUACCACUGCAAGUAAAGCUCAAGGACUAGAGGUGCAGCGGAGUAGUUCUUAUGCUGGGGAUGCUGAUGACGUAGAUGUUCUCGAUGAAGUAGAUGUCGAUGCUGAAUGUUUAUUAUCACAAUAGUAGACUUAUCCCGUGCAACAUUAUAAAGUUAAGAUGUUUAAGAUUAUCUAUGAUGAUCCUAAACAUCUUAACUUGAUGAUGAAGUUCAUCGUAGAACUAGAAGGACAAACACAAGUUUUAUGGGUUCUGACCACUUCUUUCCUCGAAUUCCCAAAUCAAGAGCAGACACAGAGAAUCGAGCAGAAGGCGCAGAUGAUUGACCAUUUACUGCAACUGAGUCUUGUGAUGCUGAGUGAUUGCUAUAAAAGGGAAAAAGAAAAAACUGAAAACAGAGAACAAGCUGCUUCAGAUACGUCAAGCGCGAGUUCCGCAUCUAGUGCUGAGCAGAAGAAGAACUCCUCAGUUGCCCACGGUUUACCAACUUUACGGCUACAACCGCCAAAGAGUAUGUACUUGAAGAAGAAGCUAACAAGCAUCAUGCUACAACCGCCAAAGAGCAAGUAUGUAGUUGAAGAAGAAGCUAACAAGUAUACAGAGUAGUUUAUAGCACGCAUGGUGCAUGGAGUAGCAUGGAGCGCAUGGAGCGCAGAGCUUUAAGGGGCGCAAGAAGCUCCCCCUUUAGCUCCAUGCUACUCCAUGUGAUCCAUGCACUCCAUGCCAUGCUUGUUAGCUUCUUCUUCAAGUACAUACUUAAGCAUGAACUUGAAGAAGAAGCUAACAAGGUUGCUCUCUCGUCAGCUGGUAACUGAGUCUCGCUAGUAGACUACGAAGGUAACAAGGUUGCUCUCUCGUCAGCUGGCAACUGAGUCUCGUUAGUAGACUACGUUAUGAUCUGUAGAAUUCUCUCGAGGUUCGACGUCGUGACGUGAGAUCCUAUGUAAAAAAUCGCGGUAGCUCUAACAACAGUCGCAGAAUGCAGACCGCUUUUCCUGACAAUCUUGCGAACGCCUCUACUCGACCGUGCCAAGCAAGAGCAUUGGCUUGCGUCCCUUCUCCCGAUUUACAAUUAAGGCGACGUCUUGAUGCAAUCCAUUUCGUCCGAAAGUCAUUUUUUUUUCUGUUCAACUUAACGUGGUGGUCUACUUGAGGUGCGAGCACCCACCCCCCCAGCGCUUUUCCACCUGAUAAGCCUGGGGGAUGGGACGCCAAGUGCAGAAGCAUCGUUUGGGUGGCCUUAGCUAGUUAACCUAGUUAUCUAAGUUGUAUGUGACCUUUGGCUUGCGUCCCUUCUCCCGCCUGAAAGUUGUCUUUUUUUUCAUUCUGGUGUUCUUUCAUUCUAGUACGAACUUGGGAUUCACUUCUUUUCUUAUUUCUAAUAGAAGACACUCGACCGGGACCUUUUUGUCGAAUUUUUCACUCUCUUCACCUGUUAUGUGGAGUCCUCGAUAGAUUCGGAGCUUGGCCACCACGUCCGUUACCGAAUACUGGAGAUAAGUGGAGCUGCUUGUGGUCUUACGGGAAAUGGUGUGAGUAAAUGUAAUCAUGGAUGAUGUGGAUGACCACUAAGGCUAAGAACAUCAGCAUUGUGUUUGUGGUCAGCACUAUAGUUGUACAUGAUAGGUGUUCAUAGUGCUUCAUCUAGAACAAGUUGAUUAUCAACUGAUACUGAAGUAAAGUAGGAACUUUUUUUGUCACUACUACUUUGGCUGUGACUUGUUUGAGGAGAUGAUUUUGCAGGAGCCUUUGACUCAAUUUUGCUCUAAAACGAAGAAUAG